UCCAACCACGAGGCCGGAUGGCAGCCCCAAGAUGGCGGCGCGCUGGGAGCGUAACAUCUGCGUUUCCAGGAGCUUCGCGCUGCGGUAGGCUUAAGACACUGAGGUUAGAGGCCUAAUAUAAACUGGUCGUCGGCAGAAACUUCGACCUCAGAGAUGGCUCUGAGUAAAUCAAUGCAUGCAAGAAAUAGAUAUAAGGACAAACCUCCUGACUUUGCAUAUCUGGCAUCCAAAUAUCCAGAUUUUAAGCAGCAUGUUCAGAUAAAUCUGAAUGGAAGAGUGAGUCUUAAUUUUAAAGACCCUGAAGCAGUCAGAGCUCUGACUUGUACUCUCCUAAAAGAAGAUUUUGGACUUUCUAUUGAUAUUCCAUUGGAGAGACUAAUUCCUACAGUUCCCUUGAGACUCAACUAUAUUCAUUGGGUGGAAGAUCUGAUCGGUCAUCAGGACUCCGACAAAACUACUCUUCGAAGAGGAAUUGACAUAGGUACGGGGGCAUCCUGCAUCUAUCCUUUACUUGGUAGUACCUUAAAUGGCUGGUAUUUCCUUGCAACAGAAGUAGAUGAUAUGUGCUUCAACUAUGCAAAGAAAAAUGUGGAACAGAAUAACUUAUCUGACCUUAUAAAAGUGGUAAAAGUACCACAGAAGACGCUCCUGAUGGAUGCUCUUAAAGAAGAAUCUGAGAUAGUCUAUGACUUUUGCAUGUGUAAUCCUCCUUUUUUUGCCAAUCAGUUGGAGGCCAAGGGAGUAAAUUCUCGAAAUCCUCGGAGACCUCCACCUAGUUCUGUAAAUACAGGAGGUAUCACAGAGAUCAUGGCAGAAGGAGGUGAAUUAGAGUUUGUUAAAAGGAUCAUCCAUGACAGUUUACAACUUAAAAAAAGAUUAAGGUGGUAUAGCUGUAUGCUAGGAAAGAAAUGCAGCCUUGCUCCUCUGAAAGAAGAACUUCGGAUACAAGGCGUUCCUAAAGUCACCUACACUGAAUUCUGUCAAGGUCGGACAAUGAGAUGGGCUUUAGCUUGGAGUUUUUACGAUGAUGUAACAGUACCAUCACCACCAAGUAAGCGAAGAAAAUUAGAGAAGCCAAGGAAACCCAUUACAUUUGUAGUGUUGGAGUCUGUGAUGAAAGAAUUAACCCUUAAAGCAUUGCCUUUGGGCUCUGAGGCAGUGGAAGGCAUAGUAGUUGUGACGACAUGGAUUGAAAAAAUUCUCACUGAUCUGAAGGUCCAGCAUAAACGAGUUCCCUGCGGAAAGGAAGAAGUUAGCCUUUUUCUAACAGCCAUAGAAAACUCCUGGAUUCACUUAAGAAGAAAGAAAAGAGAACGAGUGAGACAGUUGAGAGAAGUUCCCCGAGCCCCUGAGGAUGUCAUCCAAGCCUUGGAAGACAAAAAGUUCACUCCCAAAGAGUGUGGCAGUAGCCCAGAUUUGGCCCAGGGCCCCCAGGAGAGUGCCCUGUGUGGGCCUGCUCUACAGGAAGGCGAGUCUGCCACUGUGGAGGGCCAUGGCCCAAACCAGGAUUUUCUUUCCCAGGAAGAAAACCCAGAAGCCAUGGAGGAUGAAAGGAGUGAGGAAAAGGGAGAGAUGGAGGUUUUGGAAAGUUGCAAAAGUUCUAGCAAUGGAGCCCAGGACCAAGAGGCUUCUGAGCAGUUCAGCAAUCCAGUGUCUGAAAAAGGGGACCAUCUCCGAGGAGUGGCUGGACAUUACCUGUUCAAGUGUUUGAUAAACGUUAAGAAGGAGGUAGAUGAUGCCUUAGUUGAAAUGCACUGGGUUGAGGGCCAGAACAGGGAUUUGAUGAACCAGCUUUGUACUUAUAUACGGAACCAAAUUUUCAGGCUCGUUGCUAGUUAACUCCAAACUUCUUGCACAGUUGGGAAAGUUCUAUAAACUUGCUGUGGAGUGGCAAGAGAAAUUUCACCAUGGGCUUAUUGGUAGCGUUAUUAAGAAUUACCUUAAAAACAGAAACAAUCCACUUUUAAACACCUCCCCCCUAUUAAGUUACAGGGCAUUGUAGUAUGGUAGUUCAGGAGGAAGAAUUGUUAUCAUCAUCAACAAAAAGCCAUCAGAAAAGUCAAAGGUUUUAAACUUGACUUAUAAAGUGAUCACCUUAGCUUUAGACUGCUUCUCUGAGGCCAAAAGGAUUAUUUUUGGAAUCUGGUUUGAGUCAGAACUAUACACAGCAUCAUGCUUUUUGUCAUUCACAGUUGCUUUUUGAGGAAAGGUGACUUUCUCAGCCCCCAAAUGGAGACAGUACACCAGGGCACAUAGACCGUGUACCCUCGUCUAGAGUCACCUCGAAGACAAAGACUUUCUCUGGGUUCAUAUGACUGAUUACCCCUUUGUCAGUCUUGAGAAAAGAUUUGGCCUGAUGAUAGGUGGUGGGAGAGUCAAAGAGAGAAAGUUUAGUGAUGCCAGAAGGGCUGAUGUGGGGAGCUCCUGGAAACAUCACAUUCCUGACUCAGGUCUGUUUUGAUGUUGCUUAUUUCAGAAACAAUUAGGUAAGUAAAACUCCCAGAUAUGACUGAGACACAACAGAAUGAAGCCAUACCCCUAUCUCCAACCUGUUGAAAGUAGUGUAGCAGUUUUACUAGUGUACGACAUUUGAAGUGGAGCUUUGUUUUGUUUUUAAUAUAAGGGUGGUCAAAAUUGAAAACUGUAAAUCCUGUUUAAAUCCUGGGAUUGGGGAAAAUAUUUUCUUGGCUUUCAAUGAGUAAAUGAUGAUAGAAAUAAGAAAUAGAGCAA